AUGUCUGAGGGGAAACCCAUCUGUCAGCUGUCGACGGUUCAUCGAGGCGACGACACGAAGCUUAAGGCGAGCGCCUGCUCCGUCACCGGGACCGUCGCGGCACUGCGCCGCCUGAUCGCUCGCUUUGACCCGAUUGCCUUUUGUUCUCCUUGGGGAAAUGUGGAGACAAAGCGACGCCUCCUGCGGUCUCGUGAAGAGACCAUAGUCUUCGCUCUGGCAGCUGAUUCCAAGGGAAGAGGGAUCAGACUGACAGCCUUGCAGCGGGGGUUAGUUGGGGGCGUUGUAAGACACGCCACGGAGCCUGUGGUCCUCAAUUGGGAGGGCGACUUCAUCUGCGUCACGGUCCAGUUCGGUGGGUAUGGCUCCCAUAUGGGGGUCCGCGGGUGCACGCGACGAGAACAGCCCCCUGCAGGUUAUCCAAGGUCGCUGUCAAGAUACGGCAACCAGCCCCUCGCGCUUGACGAUUGCGUUCAAUAUCUUCUUAUCACCAUCAGUGCCACUCGUGUCACAUCGGCGCGUCUCCCGUCCUUGAUUCUUUAUUUCCGCUGGAACGAACAGCUGCAAGCCCUCAGCAGUCCACAUCUCAUGCUGGCCACACUCGACCUGCAGCCCAUAGCGCAAUUGACACGUGCAUGCUUGCGCGAUGUUGUGGACGAUGUGCCUCGUCCUUAUAUCAACCCGAUCAUUGUCGCACAUCCGGUGUCGCACCGAUGGUCAGACUUAACGUAG